AUCAUCUCAUGAAUUUGAUGAGAAUAAGCUACUUGAUCAGGAAAGUACAAUAAAUUUUCCUCUCAUUGACAGAUGUUUUCUAUAGUUAUUUCAUAGAAGCGAUAGACCACUCUUUCUAUGGGUUUACUGGUACAAUAAACCACUUGGGAUGUUGGGAGAACACUUGGAAAGCUUGUAAAUCAGUUGCCUAAUGGCUCGUGACUUACAAGCUUUUCUCAUGUUCUCCUAACAUCCUGCAUGGUUUAUUGCGCCAGUAAACCCAUAGAAAGAGUGGUCUAUUGCUUAAAUAACAGUUUCAUGACAUGUGAGAAUUGUCAACAGUUUUAUUUUCUCUGCAAUUAGUUGAGUGUGUUUGUAUCGCAAUUUUAACACUCACACAUUCGGGCAUUGUGUAAUUUUUCAGGCAUGAAGGUUCCCCCCCCCCCCCUAAGUCUGAUGGUGUCUGUACACCUAUGAGCAUGUCCCCAACCCCUUUCCUGCCUCCUAGGAAGGAAACAGGUUGGCUAUGUAAGAUUCCCAACUGCUGGAAUAAUAACCCUGCAAUGGAGUAGAAACACUCCUAGUUGCUUCCUGCUACAGAAACUGGAUUAAGCUCCGGCCUAGUGGGCCACUUGGCUCAUAUGCAGACUUUACCUUGUUGUUUUUUAAACCUAUUACUUUGAAUUGCUUUGCGGUAUUUUUUUAGAAGGGAUGUCAAAGCCCAGAAAAUAAAGAUUGGCAAUGUUGCAUCCAAAGUUGUUUGGUUGUGAAAUUAUGAAUCAUAUAUGCUAUAGUCUUCACCCUACUAAUGGCUACUAAAACCUGAACUGAAUUCAUUUGGUGCAGUCUAGCCAAUGACGGCUCAUUUUACAGGGUUCUGCACAAAUCAAAAAAUCUGUCUUAUCGUGAUGUCAUUGUCAGAGAUGCCAAGCAGAUCUUAAGUUGCUGUCAUAUGAGUCUGACUCUUGGUCAUAAUAAAACAAUAAUAAAACUGGCACAGGUCAUGCGACCAUUUUUUAUCAUACUUGGUGCUGAAAAAUCCUCAUUGUUAGACAUUAUGCUGAAUUUUUUACUAGGUACAAGGUAGGAACUCAUGGGCUCAGAGUUUUGGGAGAGGUAUUACACCUGUGAUUAAAUGCUCCUCAGCAAUAACAAUAGGUGACAAAGUAAGUUAUACUUCUGUUAACUAUUACAUUGUUUUGACUACAGGUUAACUUUUUGAAGCGAGUCUCUUCAUGGCUGAUUGUGGGUUACCAGUAGCAUCUUCAAAGGAGACAACCAAUUAUGCUCGUCUUUGUCGUCUUCUGGUAGAUAUUGGUUCACAAGCCCUAAGGGACGCAUUUGAUGGCAUCCAUAAGCCAGCAAAUCUUCACACUGUUUUGGCCAGUCCCGAUGUCAAGAGAACUCUUCAAGAGCUUUUCAAAGGGAAGAAAAAGAUCUUAAAUGCAACUCAGUGGGACAAAUUGUAUCCUGCCAUAGCAUCUCCUGUGUCUUCAGCAAAUUUUGAUGUCACUCUUUUGAUGGUCCUUCUGAGAAACAUAUGCCAUUUAAAACCUCCAAUAACUGGCUGGGAUGAAGAACCCCCUGAAGCAGAUGAGAGUCUUGAGGCUGACAUUGUCCGCAUAAAGUAUUUCAGAAAUACUGUGUAUGCCCAUGCAGAGCAGGCCUCUGUUAAUGAUGCAACAUUCUUCACCCACUGGGAGAACAUCCGAGCAGUACUGGUGAGAUUAGGGGGAGCCAAGUAUGAAAACGCAAUUGACAAAUUGAAGACUGAGUGUAUGGACCCUGACAUUGAGAAUCAAUAUAAAGAACGUUUAGAACAAUGGAAAAAGGACCAGCUGCAUGAAAUUGGGACUGAUAUAAAAGGCAUAAAGGAAGCAUUACAAGCUGCCAUCAACAGUCAGCACAUUGGUAAGAGUAAUCUUUUGAUGUGAUUCUUUUUACUGGUCAUUCCCUGCCAUUUGGUUUUCUGCAAUGAUUGAAUAGCCAAUAGAAUAUUUGCUCUUUGACCUUAACAGCAGAGCCAGAUGACUUAUUUACUGUAGUAUGAUGUAAUUAGAAGGAUUGCAUGAGGGUGGAGGGAAGGAGAGCUUGCCAUGAUUUUUGAAAAUCUUGAAUGCCAUCCCUUUAAACCUCCUUCCACUUCCAGUUGUCUGAGAUGUCAAGCUUCAGCGAGUCAGUGCAGGGUGGAGACAAAAUAUAGUGAUGUCAAUAAUUAAUGAACUUUUCAUUUUUCUAAAUGACUGUUUAUAAAUAAACACAGUGUUGAUUUAAGGUUACUGUAGACCUUCAAGGGCCUAUUUUGUCCAAAAUUUUUUUUUACACCAAAUUCAAGACUUCUACUUUAUUUGAACUUUGCAAAAAAAAUUAUUUUAAAAACUUAAAACGUGAACGAGUUCUCCACAAUAACCUAAAUUUUUUAAAUGAGUCAAUGAACUGCAAACUGUGAUAAGCCAAUUAAAAUGUGUCGACCCUUGAGUUUAGCAGCAACAAUUUUCGCAGCAACUGAUCUCAUCCGCAGAGUCUAAUUUCGCUUCUUUUGUUUAUCCCUUACAUCUUGUAAUUUCUUGCACUGAAAUCUUCGCUUUUGUUGAUUGUUUUUGUCUCUUAAGUGAUAGACCAGGCGAUUUUACAUGGUCUUUGCGUCCCCACAUUUGAAUGGAAGCGCAAAUCGCAAGGAUGGGCAAGCGAAUGUUUCAUCGAUGCCCUGCUCUAGCUUCUUCUGGCACAGAAGUUGAUUGCUGCAGAAUUACCGAUGAAUUUAAUCGCUGAUAUCUGACAAGGCAGCUUCUCCAAACGCUCCUUUUCUCUGCUUUGAAGAGUGUUUUUCGAUAUUCUAGUAAAACAAAUAGGCCGAUGAAAUGCGCAUUUAGAAUUUGUUAAAAAUGUGUAAAUAUCCUCAUUCGACUCGGUAGGCCUGUUCAUGGCUAUUCUGCUAUCAUUCCUCUUUUCCUUCUUUACCAUUUAUCUGCUGAUUCGGUUAAUAAGCUGCUGAAUGUUUCAUGGCAGACCUCGCUACUCCCGAUGUAAGAUAUAAAGAUUUACUGUAAAUGUAAACAUUGCACAUUAGUUCCUACGAAGCAUUACUGUAACCUGCCGGGGAGUUCAAAGCUGUAUUUCUUUGGUUGGCGGCAAGGCCACGUUGACAACUGCUUCAGUGAGCUGCGAAAACUGUGAAUUUUUUUUCGAGGCCGAAAACUCAAGGUUUAUUUUUGCAUGAAUUACCUCUAUUCAAAUGAAUUAAUAGGGUAUGUAGAUUUAUCAGAUUUUAACGAAACUUGGCCAAAAUCUUUGUCAGAUAUUUGCGCACCAAAAUAUGUGAGGCUUUUGUGAAAAUCGAAAUAUUGAUCCUGUGACAUCCCAUUGAGUAUCAGCAGUCAGAAACUUUUCUAUUGUCCAAAUUUAAAAGGCAUUUCCCAAGCAACCAAUAGAAACAUCGAAAAAGCCUCACACCCUUUGUUAGCCCAUCAACUCCUGAUUGAUAGUGUCCAGUCAGUUUGGAUGUCCGCAGUAACACAAAGGCUGGUAAUUCAGUUUGGCAAGUACAGUCAUUUUUGCGUUUAAAGGCUUGCGCAUGCCUGUCAAAACAAAAAUAGCAAAAUGUAUUGUUAUGUUCGGAAUCUGCAGUUUAUUAGCUUUACAAUGAUACUGUCAAACCUCUAUUAAGCGGCCCUCUACUAAGCGGUCACCCUCUAUUAAACGGACACUUAUCAAAUUCCCAAAAAGUAGUCCCCUUAUUUACUGUAAAUUUGACCUCUAUUAAGCGGUCACCUCUAUUAAUUGGAUGCGGUCACCAUUCAGAAUUCCCAAUUAGCUAAUUUUAUUGUAUUUCA